UUCAAGCCUUUGCGGCUCAAGGGCUCAACGUCAAUGACAUGGUUACUCUUGUCAUUGGUGGCCACAGCGUCGGUGUUAUUCAUUGCAGUCUCAUCCAAGACAGAAUCGCUGACCCUUCCAUGGAACGCACAUUGAAUGCUCAGUUGAGGAACCAAUGCCGUGCCCCGAACGACCCAACGGUGUUCUUGGACCAGAGGACUCCGUUCAUAGUGGACAACGGACUGUGUUUGGAAGUUCUAAGACAGAGAGGAGUCAUGAGGAUUGAUCAGAGCCUCGGUCUUGAUGGAAGGACCCGAGGGAUUAUCUCGAGUUUCGCCUCAAACAACGCCCUCUUCAGGCAGAGAUUCGCUCAAGCCAUGGUGAAGUUGGGGACCAGCAGGUUCCUUUCUGGCCGUGCCGGUGAGAUCAGGAGGAACUGCAGGGUCUUCAACAACGGCCGUUGAUCGAACUUAACUGUCAUUACUUCUGUUUCAAUUUCCUUUAGUUCAUCGACCGUGUACUUUCUUUCUAAUAAUCUGUCGAAUGUGUGCUUUUCCUUGUACUCUUGUAUUUUUUUUCUUUCUUUGUACUGAUUUUUGUUCCAACUUAUUGAGAUUUUCCGUUUGUUAUGCUCA